GGCAGCUGUCAUGGCGGCAGGGGCGGCCCCGCGCCCGCGCUGUAGUGCCGCGGGGCGCGCGGGUGGGAGGCUGUAAUACUUAAAUCAAAACACGGGGUGUAGAGGACUAAUUGUAUUGCUUGCUUUAAUUUUUAAUCAUUCAUCUGAAACAGCUGCAGAAUUUCCACUGUGCGUCUCGGGGAAGUAUAGAAUCGGAAAAUGUUCUAAAGAGAGAAUUACAGAAAUAAAUCCCACACCUUUUUUCCCUGCCUUGUGUAUCAUUUUACAUGUGGCUGGCAUGCUGGGAUCCCUAAGUAUGGAAAAGAACAUGUAAAUGACAGAAAAAGGCAUUUGUACGUCGUGCAGGUUGGCUUACAGCAUCAGAAGGAGGAGGUUACAGCGUUUUGGCUGAGGCGCUCAGCUUCAAGACUCCGCUUCGUUCUCUUUCUUCACAACUUGAAGGGAUAUGAAGGCAGUUGGAAAAGUGCUUUGUGCUGCAGGAAUUGUAGCUGGGCUCCUGGCUUUCUUCUGGAAAGACACUUUUGAUCCAGAGACCUUGUCUGGUGCCCGCGUUCUCCUCACCGGAGCCAGUGCUGGGAUUGGGGAGCAGAUGGCAUAUCAUUAUGCCAGCUUUGGUGCUGAAAUUGUUCUGACUGCUAGGAGGGAAGCUGUGCUACAGAAGGUGAUGAAGAAAUGCCUGAAGCUUGGAGCAAAGAAAGUCUUUUAUAUCCCUGCAGAUAUGUCUUCCUCUUCAGAGCCUGAAAAGGUGGUCCAGUUUGCUGUUCAAAAACUGGGGGGACUGGAUUACUUGGUGCUGAACCACAUUGGCAUGACCCCUUUCCAGAUGUGGGAUGGAGAUGUGGAACAUACCCGCUGGCUCAUGCAGGUGAAUUUCUUUAGUUAUGUGGCCCUAGCGACAGCAGCUCUUCCCACCCUGGAGGAGAACAAAGGCUCUCUGGUAGUGGUUUCUUCCCUCACAGGGAAAAUUCCUACUCCCUUCACCACUUCUUAUUCUGCCACCAAGUUUGCACUGGAUGGAUUCUUUAGCUCUCUGCGCCAUGAACUCACCAUGCAGAAGAAAAACAUCUUCAUCACGCUCUGCAUCCUGGGCCUGAUUGACACUGACAUGGCAUUAGAGAAGACCAGGGGCAAAGUGUACAUAGCUGCCUCUCCUGCUGCUGAAGCUGCACUUGCCAUCAUCCAAGGGGGUGCCAGCCGGGUGCAGGAGGUUUUCUACCCCUGGUGGCUGGAAUACAUGUGCCGCUUCCGGGAUUGGUUCCCCAACCACCGGGACCAGGUUUUACAGAGUUACUAUAACUACAGCAGCCCCUGAGGGAUGCCUGGUCUCCUCCCAUCCUCCCUCAUCCUCCCUCUCUGCCAGCUGCAGUCCCUCCUCUCCCACUAUGCAUCACUUUCAGUCAUUGAUUUCAGCAGGAGCAAGGCAGUAGGUGGUGACAAAGUAACCUUAGUUCUCUUCAUAAGACUCUUGCUGGACUUGCUCUUAUCCUGCUUCAGCCAUAAUUCUGAUUUUUCUACCCUGCAGUCAAAGAUCUUUCCCACUGUUGACUCUCUCUCAGCCUUCCACCCAUCUCCCCUCUUUCAGCCUCACCUCUCUGCUCUUACCACCUCAGGUUUUUCCUCAGGUCCAGCUGUAACCUCUCAAGAUUCAAGAUGAUUGCUGCCUCACAUCCUCCCCCCAGGAACAAGCCUAUAGGCAGCAAAAUCUCCAGGAGGAAUAAAAUCUUGAGUGCCCUUCCAGCCCAUACUAAGGGAUGGUGCAGUGUAUGGGACCAAAAUUGUGGUAGGCCCUGCAGGUAUGUGGGGCACUGCUUGGGAAGGACAGACAUGUUCUUGUACUAACACAGAUGUUUCCCUCUCACUUCCUCAUUGACUGGUUGCUUUCCCUCUUGCCAACUUAGAGUGUAACGUAGGGUGCUACUCUAUCCCUGGGUGCUGCCGUUAGGGGAAUGGCUUCCCCUUCCCUUGUUGGUCAGUGAAUACGUGGUGUGCUAAAACAAGAGUCAUCAUUCAGCUGUGUUCUUUCCCUCCUUCCACAGCCAGUUCCCCAGUAUAGAUAAGGAAGAAGGGAUCUUCCUGGAGAGGAAAGGGGGGAUUCUUUCCUCUUCAUGGCUGUGGGAAUGAGAAGCAGAACCGUCACUACCAACUCUGCCGUUUGGUGGGCAAUAGCCAGGCUGAGGGAACCAGAAUACCCCCGUUCACCUCCAUCACCACUCUUGCAUGCCAAGUGUGAAUAUUCUUCCAUGUCAGAGAUGCAGCUUGCAGUGCUCCAUGUAGCUAGACCAGACCCUGCUGGGACCAAGGGUAUCCAGGUGUCUCAAAGCAGUGUUUUCCCAGGCUGGGGCCAUUUGUGCCACCCAGAGCAACACAGGUGGAGCUGCAAGGGAGGUCCUGCUGUGAGAGCUCGGUGAUCUGGGGUUGGUUUGUUGGUGCGAAGGGCUGGCUUGUGGGCCAUGCCCUGCCUGUGGCAAGCAGCUGGGGAAGGGAGUGGUUCCCCUUGGAACUGUGGUAUGUGAGGAGCCCUAGUGCAGUAAAGGAAAUGUUGACACAGUGGCAAAAGCAGGCUCUGCUUUUUGCAAGCUAUAGUGGUGAGAGGAGGAGGAGGAUGGAUAUGAUAUGGAUAUGGGCAAAGGGAGUUGUUCUGUGAGCAGCUGUGUUUCUUUGGUCUGGUACUUUGCAUAUCUGUUGCCUUCACUCUCUUUUCCCAACAAGCCUGUUCUUUCCCCUCUUUUCUGGCCUUCCUUUCCUUAGCAUACCGCUUGUCUUUUGAGUCUCUUCCCUCUGAUUUUACAUAAUCAGUCUCCUUAUCAGGAUCACCUUGUCUCUGACUCACUUGCUCGAGAGUACCAUCAGCAUGUAGAUGGGUGCAGCUCUAUGGAAAUAGGUUCGAAUAGUGGGGUAAACAGUAUCCCAACCUGCAGCUUUCACAAACCCAUCAGCAUAGUUCUGGGAGAAGGGGAACCAGGGUCUUCACAGGCCUUGCUCCAAGCCUGCCUUCUAAGGCUGGUCACUUGGGUGAGGAUGUUUUGGGGAUAUAAGCGGAAUGCCCAACACAGUAGCAUGAAGGCUGCUGUGGUUUAUGGAGUGAUUGUGAAGUCUUCUGUAGGAAGGACAAACUUGAUUUCAACCUCAUAUUCUCCUCCGGAUGCUGUCUCUGAACAGGAGGGUGUGUGAAUAUGUGAGAAUUAACAUGUAUGUGCAUGUGUGGGCAUGCAGCAAUAAAAGGACCUUGCCUUGUUUUGGUCUCUGCAGCAAAGGGUUUAUUAAUUGAUGAAUAGUAUUUUACUCUUGAUUCUCCCAUAGAAAGAGGAACAGCUAUGUCUAAGAGCCAUGCAAAGCUGGUUACUAUUUAAUUUGGAAUAAAGCUUAUUAGGUUUAUGGGA